AUGAGGGUAUUGCUUGACGCACUCACACACGGAUUUGUUAAGCUGAGCAAGCUGGCUUUGUUGAUUUUUGACGAAGGCCAGUCUGUUGCGUUGACAAGAGAAGGCCCCGCUAACAUUCUGCAGCGCAUCACUCACCCAGCAAAUCUGAUCAUGUCCAAUUUCUAUAUGCCUCAAUUGGAUAAUGGUGGCAAGUCGCUGCCCAAAGUUCUUGGGCUGAGUGCAAGCCCUGUUAUGAAAGCAGCAGCCACCGAGCAGGGUCUCCAGUCCGAACUCAUACGGCAUGUUCACAGACCGGAGUUACUUCAGGUCAACUACUCGUUAAACGUUCCAGGGCAACAGCAUUCUCAACUACUUAUCGCGUUGCAGCAUGCAUUACGCACAUAUGAUCUUGCAAAGGAUCCGUACGUCGUCGCAUUAUUGGACCAACAAAAGCAUGGCUUCGAUGUCUCUCGCCAGCUGAACAAACUGUGGAAUAGCAAUAAGACUUAUUGCCUCGACCAGUUGAAACAGCUGGUGUCUAAAGCUGAAGCCAUGGCAGACGAGCUCGGAAUCUCGGCAAUGGAGUACUACGUACACCAAUGCAUUGGCAAAUUCGAAAAGACAACUUGCGGCUCGGAUCAACAACUACUGGAUUUGACCACCAAUGAGCGACAACAUCUCCUGAGCAUAUUCCAAGGCCUUCCCCUUCAGAAUCCUGCACCUUCACCUGCUACCAUCAUCGAGAAGAUGUCCCACAAAGUUGAAAAGCUUAUCGACACUCUGGUCGCUGAAGCCAAUGGCACCCCAGGCUUUACCGGUCUUGUAUUCAUUGAACAGCGAGUCUGGGUAGCAUCAAUUGCUGAAAUUUUAGCAUGCCACCCACGAACCAAGGAUCUGUUGCGGGUAGGGACAUUUGUCGGUACGUCGCAGACAAGCAAGCGCAAAACAAACGUAUGCGCCCUGGCAGAACCAGCCAACCAACAAACCACGCUUGACGACUUCCGUGCUGGGGUCAUUAAUCUCGUCCUGGCUACAACCGUUCUUGAAGAAGGCGUCGACGUAUCUAGUUGCCAUCUCGUGGUAUGCUUCGAAAGACCCAAGAAUCUGAAAAGCUUUGUUCAGCGACGCGGAAGAGCGAGGCGACAAGAGUCGCGUUACUUCAUUCUCGUCCCAGAUACUGGCGAAACACGAUCUUUAACAUCGUGGCAAGGGCUUGAAGCUGAGAUGAGGAGAGCGUAUGAAGACGAUAAGCGCAAAGUUCAGGUGGCUCAGGAGGCAGAACAGAAGGACGAGGUGGGGGGCAACGCCUACGUCGACACGCGACCUGAAAUCGACUUUACCAACACCCUGGGGCGGAUCACUGCUACUAUUACGCUACCAAUUUCUGUCGACCCUACUGUAAGGAAAGCUAAGAGUCUGCAGUCGUGGAGCACCGAGCGAAUGGCUCAGAAAGACGCCGCCUUUGAGGCAUAUAAGGCUCUUUACCUGCACGGAUUGGUAAACGAGAAUCUACUCCCCGUCCAAGAAGAGGGAGACGACAACGCGGCCCAAUACCAGAUUCCAGACGAUCGCCCAUCCCUUGUACCUGUUUCUCAAACUCUCGAUCCGUGGGCGGUGGUUGCGCAAUCUCAUGAAUGCGAACCUGACUUAUGGUACCGCACCUUGCUUGAGGUGAAGACGCCAGGGGAGGAACCGAUGCGCAUGAUACUACUAACACCAGCUCCCAUGCAUGAGAUUUCUAAUAUCUUACUGCACUGGAACGAAUCGAAGCAGUACACUGCUACAACCUCCGCUCUUUACGGUGCAUCUUUGGUCGACAUCGACAUUGAUCUGUUACGCUCCAUCACGUGGAAGAUUUUGCGCUCGGUUUUCGGAGCACACAUCAUCAAAGGGGUCGACGACUUUCUCUGUCUACUUGCUCCAUGCGACUCAUCGGGAUAUAUGAUGACAGAGAACGAGCUCUACGAAUGGAAUGCGACAACGGAAGGCCAGCGCCCAGCAUCCAAAAUUCUGGCUCAAGGAAACCUGGACAUAUCGAACUGGGGUCUGACUUCCUUGCAAGGAGACCUCCGGAAGUUCAUGCCCAUGUCUAUCGAGCUUCCAGAGUCCCCAGACCUGACAGGCAUUGACGAAACCCUGAUACAAGUUGUGCGUUUGCCCAAACGUCGAGACUUUUUACAUGCGGUAUUUGAGAACGCAAACAAGAGCGAAGCGUAUACCAAAGUAGAGAGUCUACUAGCUUCAUCAUGUCUUGUUGAAGCUCUUCCGACUAGAUACGCCAUUCUGGGCUUGUUGUUACCAUCGAUCCUGCACAAGCUUGAGGUAUACAUGAUCGCGGAUACACUUCGAACGACGAUUCUCCAGCCAGCUGGAUUCGAGGCAUCGGACCUUCCAGUCAUCAUCACAGCACUUACUUCAUCCGCGGUUGACAAGCGCGACAACUACCAGAGGAUGGAAUUCCUUGGCGACUGUAUUUUGAAGUUCGUCGCUUCGCUUCAUCUGAUGGCUGCAAAUCUCAUCAUGCCCGAAGGUAUUCUCACUGGGAAGAAAGGCAAGCUUGUCAGUAACGGCUACCUGGCACGAGCUACACUUGCUGCGGGCUUAGACAAGUUCAUCUUCUACAAGAACUUCACCGGCGCAAAGUGGAAGCCGCGAUACAUUAGUGAUACACUCGCUGAUAGCGCGCCGCCGACUAAGCAAGAGAAGUCAUCGAAGCUCAUCGCCGACGUCAUAGAGUCGCUCAUUGGUGCUUCGUAUCUGAUCGGUGGCUUCCCCAAAGCGUUCGCAUGUGUGCAAGCUCUCCUACCGCUAGAGAAAUGGACGCCUAUCCCGGAAGCGAACGAGAUACUCUACAACGCGGCCCCCUCUCAAGACACAGUAACAAACUUGGCCCUGGUGGAGAAGCUACUUGGUCACACGUUCAACAAGAAGGACCUCCUACUAGAAUCUCUCACCCACUCUACGUUCCGCGGCCCAAACGUGCACUGCUCGUACGAGCGUUUUGAGUUUCUAGGAGACGCAGUGCUCGACUACAUCAUCUCGAAGAGGCUCUACGCUCAUGAGUCGAGGCUGCCGCAUUGGAAGAUGCAUGGCGUCCGAACAGCAAUGGUAAACGCGGCGUUCUUGACUUACUGUAUGUUCGAGACUACGGUAGCGGAAGAGUUGACCAACAAGUCCACCUUCCAGCCAGAAGUGCAUCAUAGAGCUCUGUGGCAGUUCCUUCGAUCUUCAAGCCCAGAGCUCAUCGCCGGGCGGACUGCAGCCCUGCAACAACAUAACGAGGCACGUCAUGCGAUCGCUACAGCUCUAGCGCACGACAACCGCUUCCCGUGGCAUGCGCUCUCGCUCACUGACCCACCCAAGUUUCUCUCUGAUAUAGUUGAGAGCGUGAUCGGCGCCCUCUACAUCGAUUCUCAGGGCUCCAUCCCCGUGUGCGAGGAGUUUGUCCGUCGUCUGGGUAUCCUGCCAUGUCUCGAGCGCAUUCUUCGGGAUGGUGUGGACUGCUGGCAUCCGAAAGAGCGGAUCAACACGCUUGCGGCGGAUAAGGGUAUCAAGUACGUCCGGGUCACGAGCGACCAAGGCAAGUCUGGUAAAGGAGCGAGUAGCCCGGAGAAGGGGUAUAGGGUACAGGUGAGAAUUGGCGGGAAGGAUGUGGGAGGUGUGGUCGAGGGAGUCAAGAGGUUGCAGACUGAGACUAUCGCUGCCUGGAAGGUUAUCGCGCUGCUUGAAGGCGCAGCUGAUGAUUCUGUACCAACGAAGGCAGCAGAGGGUGAAGAAGAGGAAGAUGAAGAAGACGAGGAAGAUGGGGGUGUUGCUGUUGUACCAACGACGGCAGCCGAGGAGGACGAAUCAGACGAGGAAGAUGAGUUCUUCGAUGCUGAAGAAGGCGGUGGAGUCAUGUUGGAGAUUUGA